AAUUGCGGGGAUAGCUCAGUUGGGAGAGCGUCAGACUGAAGAUCUGAAGGUCGCGUGUUCGAUCCACGCUCACCGCAUCUCUUUCUAAUUUUUUUUUCAUGAAACGACUUUUAGGCCCAUCCAUACGGAUAGUAAUUUUAUAUCUCGACAAGUUGUGACAAUCCUAAGAAAAUAUGGCCGAUCGGAUCUAAACAUUGCUUUGAGAUUGCUAAACAUCGUUAUAUAUUGCAACUUGAUAUAACUUUAACAACUUAACCAUUGACUUAACAAUUUAAAAUGUUGACUUUUGAAACAAAAGAAAUUAUGUAUCUAUAAAAGCUUAGAUCAUGAAUCUUGAUGAUAUUUCGUCUUUGUAACAUUAAUUAAAACGAAAUGGACCACACUGUUUCUUCUCUCCAAUGCUUCUUCUUAGUUUUAUGUCUAUCUCUACUUGUUUGUUCUAACUCGGAAGAUACUUCCAAAUCAAGAAAGAAACCUAUCCUGAUAAACUUUGGCGACUCCAACUCCGACACAGGAGGAGUUCUCGCCGGCGUUGGACUUCCGAUAGGACUCCCUCAUGGCAUUACCUUCUUCCAUAAAGGCACUGGUCGUCUCGGCGACGGCCGACUCAUCCUUGACUUUUUCUGUGAACAUUUAAAGAUGCCAUACUUAAGUCCAUACUUGGACUCACUCUCGCCAAACUUCAAAAGAGGAGUCAACUUCGCAGUCUCCGGCGCCACCGCUCUUCCCAUGUUUUCCUUCCCACUCGCUGUUCAGAUCCGUCAAUACGUCCAUUUCAAGAACCGUUCUCAAGAACUUAUCUCUUCCGGGAGAAGAGAUCUUAUAGAUGAUAAUGGAUUUAAAAACGCAUUGUACAUGAUCGACAUUGGUCAAAAUGAUCUUCUACAAGCUCUAUACAAUUCAAACUUAACAUACACAACCGUGGUAGAAAAGAUUCCUCCCAUGCUGCUUGAGAUUAAAAAGGCUAUACAGACCGUAUAUUUAUACGGAGGGAGAAAGUUUUGGGUACACAACACAGGCCCAUUGGGUUGUGCACCAAAGGAGCUAGCUAUUAACCCGCACAAUGAGUCGGAUCUUGACCCGAUUGGUUGUUUUCGGGUUCACAACGACGUGGCGAAGACCUUUAACAAAGGACUGUUUAGUCUAGUUAACGAAAUGAGAGCACAACUCAAAGACGCUACCCUUGUCUACAUUGAUAUCUACUCUAUCAAGUACAAACUUUCAGCUGAUUCCAAACGAUACGGAUUUGUGGAUCCGUUGAUGGCGUGUUGCGGUUUUGGAGGGAGGCCUAACAACUACGAUCGUAAAGCCACGUGCGGUCAACCAGGUUCAACAAUUUGUCGUGAUGUAACCAAGGCAGUUGUAUGGGAUGGGGUUCACUAUACUGAAGCUGCUAACCGGUUUGUUGUCGAUGCUAUUCUAUCAAACCGGUACACUUACCCAAAAAUUCCUCUUAGCCGAUUUUGGUAGAUCAAAAGGAAAUUGCUCAAUAAAACCGGGUUGGCUAUAAAAAUGUGUGCGCGUUGAUUAGUCCAUGGCCCAACUAUAUUGGUACAAAUCGCUAAUGAUUGCACUCUGAAGUGAAUGUUGCAAGUCAAAUUAAACCACCUUAAGUCCUUAACUCAAUGGGUUCCAUGAAUUCGUUUGGAUUUAACAUACGAGUGGUCGAUAAUUUUAGACGGUACUAGGGACGACUAUAUGAAUUGUGGUGGAAUUGGUAUUUCGCUGGUUUGUUUAAUUUCAUUUUAACAAGGUCGUAACUAUAAUGAUGCGUAUAAACUCAGCAAUCAUAAACAAAGAAACAUGCAUCUAAAAUUGCAGUCUAUAGGAGACCAUUAUAGGCUUCAAUCGUAAUAAAACAUGUAGCUUAAACAUGACCCAACACGCAGCAGCUAAAACAUGACCAAAGAGUUUAAGAUUUUAUUCCCUAAGCAAUACUAGUAUUGAAACGAUCAUCAUACAGUAUGUAAUGUUAGACUUCAUUACAGAGACUAAACUCCAAUUUCCACAAUACAAGUUUAGAAAUUAACAAGAGUUGUACGCAUAAUAAUCAGUAACUAAUUAAAGAUUGUUUAGCAUUUGAUCUUCAAGCUAAAUUGUAAAUGAUAAAGAUUCGACUAUGUCUUCCAAUAGUCGCAAUUCAAAUAUAAGAUGAUUAAAGAUGUACAAUCGCUAAUGACUGCACUCUGAAGUGAAUGUUGCAAGUCAAAACAGAACUCAAUAGGUUCAGUGAAUACAUAGAUGCCGUUAACGAGUGGUGGAUAAUUUUCAAUGGUAGGUACGACUACACGAAACGAAUUGUGGUGGGAAUUAUUCUUUCGCUGGUUUGUUCAAUUUCACUCCUAACAAGGCCAUAAUUAUAAGGCUGUGGAUAAGCUAAGCAAUCAGUCCAUAAGAGACCAUUACUGGUUUCAAUCGGAAUAAACCCUGUAAUAGAUUAAACAUGACCCAACACGCAGCUAAAUCAUGACCAAAUA